ACGAGGCGAAGCAUUUCUAUAUACUUCUUUAAAUACAUAUACGUUUUCAUCUCUUUUUUUUUCCUUCUUUAAGAAAAAAAAAAUAAUAAUUAUGAUUAGUUCAAUACGCUCUCUUGUUUCUGAAAAUAGGAAACGAUAUAUUGAUAGAGAUGUUAACCUUGAUUUAAGCUACAUCACGGACAGGAUCAUUGCAAUGUCAUACCCUUCUGGUGGAUUAGAAGGUUUGUACCGAAACUCACUUGCUCAAGUCAAAAGGUUUCUUGAUACUAGACAUUCAGGGCAUUAUAAAGUGUAUAACUUGCGGCGUGAAAAGCAAUAUGAUUUAUCAAGAUUUGAAAAUGGUAUAGAGAUCUAUAAACCAUACAAUUACUCAUAUGCCUUUAUAGCUGCCAAUUACCCCUUUCUAGAUCAUCAAGCACCUCCAUUUCAUGUUCUAGUUGAAUUCUGUUCAGAUGCAGCAGCAUGGCUGCAAAGUGAUCCAGAUAAUAUUGCGGCCAUUCAUUGUAAAGCAGGCAAAGGAAGAACAGGCACAGUCAUUGCUGCCUUAAUGCUCCAUACUGGACUAGCAAAAGAUGCGACAGAAGCCAUUCAAAUCUAUGGUGAAAAAAGAACACAUAAUAUGAAGGGAAUCACAAUUCCAAGUCAGAUUCGUUAUGUUGAAUAUUAUGACUUUAUGUUAAAGCACGCAACUCUUUAUGAAUCAAAUAAAGACAAGUCUAUUCGCCUUGCUCAAGUUGUAGUGCAUGAUCUGCCAGAAAGCCUAAAGAACAAUAAAGAAUUUGUGCUACGUGUCCAUCAAGAAGAUGGGGUUUGUAUCCAUUAUGAGAAAUCAACCGAGAGCGAAAUUGAUCGAACACUUGAUACGAUUUUGAUAAACACAAUGUCAAAUCAAUGUUUCACAGGUGAUUUUCAAGUUGCUUUUUUAAAUACAAAGGGAAAGAUUCUGUUUAGUUUCUGGUUAAAUGCGACUUUUGUAUAUAUCAUGUCAAACAAUGUAGUCUAUCUAAAGAAAGAGGAUAUAGACAUUGCUUACCAUGACGAAGCAUGUAAAGAGUUUAGGAGAGACUUUUCAGUAAAUCUCACGUUUUCCAGAGAAGAUUUGAUGUAAAUAAUAAAC